AGGUCAAGAUGUGUCUUCCUCACUGCCACUGAAUUGAGGAUACUGGUGUGUGUUUGAGUUUAAUGUGUGUGUGGUUCAAGCAGGUCUAGGAACACUUCUAUGCUGCAAUAGUUUGUGUCGGGGGGCUAGGGUCAGACUGUUAUAUCUGGAGUAUUUAUCCUGUCUUAUCUGGUGUCCUGUGUGAAUUUUAGUAUGCUCUCUAACAUUCUCUCUCCCUCUCGGAAGACCUGAGCCGUAGGACCAUGCCUCAGGACUACCUGGCCUGAUGACUCCUUGCUGUCCCCUGUCCACCAGGUCGUGCUUCUGCUCCAGUUUCACCUGUUCUGCCUGCGGAUAUGGAUCCCUGACCUGUUCACCGAACGUGCUACCUUGUCCCGGACCUGCUGUUUUCGACUCUCUCUCUCUCUACUGCACCUGCAGUAGAAUGAUCAGCUCUGAUCGGCUUUAAAAAGCCAACUGACAUUUACUCCUGAGGUGUUGACCUGUUGCACCCUCUACAACCACUGUGAAUUUGGUUGUAGAGGGUGUAAAGUACAUGCCAAUACAUGCCUGUUACAGGGGCUGACUAGGGCUCUUUCAUACCGUCCCUAGGAGGGGAUCUUCCUGUCUGGGUUGACGCCCCCCAUUUGGGUUGUGCCGUGGCGGAGAUCUUUGUGGGCUAUACUCGGCCUUGUCUCAGGAUGAGGACCUGAGCCCUUGGACCAUGCCUCAGGACUACCUGACAUGAUGACUCCUUGCUGUCCCCAGUCCACCUGGCCGUGCUGCUGCUCCAGUUUCAACUGUUCUGCCUGUGAUUAUUAUUAUUUGACCAUGCUGGUCAUUUAUGAACAUUUGAACAUCUUGGCCAUGUUCUGUUAUCAUCUCCAUCCGGCACAGCCAGAAGAGGACUGGCCACCCCACAUAGCCUGGUUCCUCUCUAGGUUUCUUCCUAGGUUUUGGCCUUUCUAGGGAGUUUUUCCUAGCCACCGUGCUUCUACACCUGCAUUGCUUGCUGUUUGGGGUUUUAGGCUGGGUUUCUGUACAGCACUUUGAGAUAUCAGCUGAUGUACGAAGGGCUAUAUAAAUCAAUUUGAUUGGAUUUUUAUUUGACCCCGGCUGGUCACCUAUGAACAUUUGAAGAUCUUGGCCAUGUACUGUUAUAAUCUCCACCCAGCAUAGGCAGAAGAGGAGCCCAACAAAAUGCAUCGGACAGAAAAGGGGUUGUCUUGGCCAACUCCUGAACAUUUUUAGUGAGGCUGCUUCAGAAGAGAUAACUGUAUAAUAUAAAUCCAAAAAUACCAACAUUUUUUAUGACCACAUGUCUCUCACAUCUGCAUGUUCACAAUAAAUGUUCUAAUUUAUUAUUCAAUAUGAAUAUUUAGUGUAAUUUAUAAGCAGAAUUUUUACUGGUGUGGUCAAACACUUUCACCGUAACAGCAGGUGGCAGUGUCGCUGCGAAACUGCCUCCAGUGUUUCACACAGAUAGAAGAAGUCGGACUUCCUGUUAACUUCCGUAAACAAAAUGCUAGUUAGCUAAUUCAAAAUUAUGAACACGAUAACAUGUAAUGCUUCAAAUUGAUCACUUUAUGCAUGUUGAUUCAAAGGAUUUCCCCCCACCAUCUCGAUGUCUCAUGAAAAUGCCAACUCGUUAACGUCUCACACUGGAAGAAAUGGAGAACUGCUGAAGUGUUCAAAAGCGGAGACAAAUGGAGCAUCUGCAACAGACAGAGUGCUGCCAGUGAGAAUUAAUGGAGGUCCUGGCGUAAGAGCCCGAGAGCCAGUUAUAAAAAAGCUGGGUACCAGCAGCACUGCCUUCAUUGGACCUGCAUGCUGUCCUCCUAAGGCAGUCCAGAGAGCUCCCAAACCCCCAAAAGUAAGGAAACUUUCCAAACCUAACAUUGAAGAGACACUGAGUGAGUUCUACAAAGAGCUUGAGGAGAUUGAUCCAAAAGACAGCGUUGACAGUAGCACGGCCAAAAAUGAAGGCUCAGUUGAAUUACUCACGGCUCAUAACCCACACCCUGCAAGAGAAGUGUCAAACGCAAGCCAUGGCCAUAAGCAACCUAAUCAUGUGCCUUGCCCACACUGGUAUGACAACGAGCCAUACCAGCCCAGGAGACCGAUACCUAAGGGGCCCAGCUAUGGUCCCUACUCAGAUCAUAAUCACUGGCAACCUCCCCCACCUUUCCACAGUCAGCCAUACUACAGGUUCCACAGACCUCCCCACCGCUUCCUGCCACCACCUCCAAUCCCCUGCCUCCCGCCACUACCUCCUACAGACCACCGGUAUCACCCCCAACGAGAGGGUUCCCAGCAGGUCCCACCUUUUCACAGGUUCCCUGUCCCUGAUGGAUACAGGAACUCUCCAGACUUGGAUGGCCAUGCCUUUCCCCCACAGCACUCUAACAACCGAGACAGAGGGGGCUACGGUUGGAGAGAUGACACGUAUGAUCAGCAGGGUAAUGACCAGCCUUAUAACCAGCAAGGUUCUUCUGAAUGGCAGCAGAGGUUUGACAGAGCACCUGAGCCACCUCUACCAGAGGAUCAGCACCAACCACCAGAAGAUAAAACAUAUGACUAUGAUCCUUCUCUGGUUCUCAUUCUGAUGAGGGGAGCCCCGGGAUCUGGAAAAUCAACACUGGCCAGGGAACUGCUGUCAACAGGCUCCAGUGGGCAGGUUCUGAGUACAGAUGACUACUUCUCCCAGGAAGAAGGCUACCUCUACGAUCCCAGUCUGCUGGGGGCCGCACACCACUGGAACCAGAACCGAGCCCAAGAAGCCAUGUGUAAAUGCUGUUCUCCCAUCAUUAUUGAUAACACAAAUAUGCAAGCUUGGGAAAUGAAGCCAUAUGUUAAACUGGCCUUGGAGAGAGGAUACAGUGUCAACUUUCAUGAGCCUCACACCAGCUGGAAAUUUGAUCCCGUCGAGUUAGAGAAGAGAAACAAGCACAGUGUGUCAAGGGAGAAGAUUGGGCAGAUGCUGGAGCGGUUUGAGCUGCCCAUUUCCUUGGACAUUGUGAUGAACUCCCAGGAGCCCAUUAGACCCACAAGACAUCCCUCACAGCAGCAGAGACACAGCAGGGCCAACCACUCAGACUUCCACUAGUCUCGAUGUCCUGGUGUAUUCAUUAGUGUACACCAUAGCAAAAUGUUCUUCACUUUCGCAAAACGCUAUGCGAAGGAAAACAAAAGCAAGUCUUUCUUAUUGCAAGUUUAAGUAGUCCCUCCCCAUUUCUGCUUCCCCCCCCUAGUAAAUACAACCCUGAUGACUAUCAACCAACCACAGUCAAUGAUCAGAGACAGAGCUGUAUUACAAAUUUCUUUUUUAAAAUGAUACUACCAGCAUUUUACAGGAUUGUUACUGUAUUUGAUUUAUACUGGCAGAAUUUAAACCUAUUUUUGUGAAAAUAACAUUUUCAGUGGCACUGAAGUAACUUUUUUUCCUAUGUAUUUCAACUGUAUAAAUUACAGGGUUUUUAUUUAUUUUUACUAUUUUCUCCAUUGUAGAAUAGUAGUGACAUCAAAACUAUGAAAUAACACAUGGAAUCAUGUAGUAACCAAAAGAGGGUUAAACAUCAAAAUAUAUUUUAUAUUUCUUCAAAGUAGCCAUUCUUUGCCUUGGUGGCAGCUUUGCACACUCUUGGCAUUCUCUCAACCAGCUUCACCUGGAAUGCUUUUCCAACAGUCUUGAAGGAGUUUCCACAUAUGCUGAGCACUUGUUGGCUGCUUUUCCUUCACUCUGAGGUCCAACUCAUCCCAAACCAUCUCAAUUGGGUUGAUGUCAGUGUGAUUGUGGAGGCCAGGUCAUCUGAUGCAGCACUCUCCUUCUUGGUCAAAUAGCCCGUACACAGCCUGGAGGUUUGUUGGAUCAUUGUCCUGUUGAAAAACAUAUGAUGGUCCCACGAAGCGCAAACCAGAUGAGACGGCGUAUCGUAGCAGAAUGCUGUGGAAGCCAUGCUGGUUAAGUGUGCCUUGAAUUCUACAUAAAUCACAGACAGUGUCACCAGAAAAGCACCAUCACACCACCUCCUCCGUACUUCACGGUGGGAACCACACAUGCAGAGAUCAUCCGUUCACCUACUCAGCGUUUCACAAAGACACGGCGGUUGGAACCAAAAAUCUAAAAUUUGGACUCAAGGACAGAUUUCCACUGGUUUAAUGCCCAUUGCUCAUAUUUCUUGGCUCAAGCAAUUCUCUUUUUCUUAUUGGUGUCCUUUAGUAGUGGUUUCUUUGCAGCAAUUUGACCAUGAAGGCUUGAUUCACACAAUCUCCUCAGAACAGUUGAUGUUGAGAUGUGUUUGUUACUUGAACUCUGAGAAGCAUUUAUUUGGGCUGCAAUUUCUGAGCCUGGUAACUCUAAUGAACUUCUCCUCUGCAGUAACUCUGGGUCUUGCUUUCUUGUGUCGGUCCUCAUGAGAGCCAGCUUCAUCAUGGCGCUUGAUUGUUUUUGCGACUGCACUUGAAGAAACUUUCAAAGUUCUUGAAAUGUUCUGUAUUGACUGACCUUCAUGUCUUAAAUGAAUGAUGGACUGUCGUUUCUCUAUGCUUAUAUGAGCUGUUCUUGCCAAUAUAUGGACUUGGUCUUUUACCAGAUAGCCCUAUCUUCUGUAUACCACCUAUACCUUGUCACAACAUAAGUGAUUGGCUCAAACGCAUUAAGAAGGAAAGAAAUUCCACAAGUUAAUGUUUAACAAGGCACACCUGUUAAUUGAAAUGCAUUCCAGGUGACUACCUCAUGAAGCUGGUCACCUUGGCAAAGGGUGGCUUCUCAAAUAUAAAAUAUAUUUUGAUUAACACUUUUUUGGUUACUACAUGAUCACAUAUGUGUCAUUUCAUAGUUUUGUCUUCACUAUUAUUCUACAAUGUAGAAAAUAGUAAAAAACAAAAACCCUUGAAUGAGUAGGUGUCCAAACGUUUGACUGGUAGGGUAUACAUUUCUUAAUUCCAUUAUUUUACUUUUAGAUAUGUGUGAAUUUUUAGAUACUACUGCACUGUUGGAGCUAGGAACACAAGCAUUUCGCUACACCUGCAAUAACAUCUGCUAAAUAUGUGUAUGAGACCAAUAGUUUGAUUAGAUAUUUUACUUGUACAUUUUUGUUAUUAAAAAUUGGUAAAUGGA